AUGUCUGAGAGACGCGAGGGAGAAUCUCACCCCACCGAGGAGCGCCCCGCGCAGCGCCGAAGGGUGGAAGGAGCACCGCAUCAGCCAAGGUGGACGCUGGUGAGCUCUAUCGAGGAUGUUCUUAAUGUGCCGGUUAGUCGUAUACGUAACAUCAACCUGAAUGACUUUCUUCGCAGUACAUUAUGCGGCAGGGGAGUUGUGCCAAUUAACGAGAAUGUCUCCAUUGAGAAUUUUGUUGCGCAACCCCGGGCAUUCAUCGACGACGGAGAUGUUUUGGGCUUAAUACUGGCAUCGCCGUCUUACACAGCCAUAAGGGAAGAAAUAGAAGAUGCACGCAAUGCUUACGGAGCGCGGGUUGGCCACGCUGCGAGACUGGAAGGAGUUUGCAUAUAA